AUGCCUCCCCAAAAUCUUCAGACUUUAUUUUCCGCUAAGGGCUUUAAGUCCAAGUCCGAGUUUACAGCCUUUGUGCUGACGGCCUUGGAAGAGCGUUAUCAACCUACGUCUGCGUCUCUAGACUCAGAUAUUUAUUUUGUUGAUAUACCUCAAGGUUGGGGGAAAAGGGUGUUUUUCGCGGUUGUGCACCGCUGGGAAUACGGGAAUCUACGGAAAACCAGGAAUUCGGUAGCCCAGACUCUACGGUUUAGAAUGCCAAGUCCAACCCAUAAUUGCGCCCAAAGCUGGCUCGCACAUUGCUUACUAGCGUGGCAGUUCGCUGGGGAUCUAUACCUAGAGGAGGUAGCCUCUCUCAAUGUCGUAGCUGGGAAUAGGCUUGAGCUUUCGCGAUCCUUGUACUCCAACAGUCUUAAGGAGCCUGAUGUCUCUCUAUAUCCAGACGGCUACGACCUCCGUCCACCUAAUGCCUUCGAAGUUAGCUGGUCAGAGACUGCCGACGGACUCGAUGCUAACGAACUCGAUGCAGACGCUGAACUUCUACUCCGAGAGAGUAACCCAGCAAUCCGCGUCGUCGUCAACAUCAAGUGGUGCAUCGAUUCUAGCUCUAGAACAGUUAGAGGGACUCUUAGCGCUUGGAGACUGGAUCCGUACGAGACACCCUAUAUGACCCAGCAUGAAGUGAUCUUCCCCGCCCCUCAACCGCCCCGGCCGCAGUAUCUUGAGCUGAGUCUUACGGAUAUAUUUUCAUCGGCAGUAGCGCCUGGCCGAGACCCUCUCGAUGCUCUUCGCCUAGAUAUAGGCUUACUUCGACGCAAGGCUACAUUUUCAUUCAAUGCGAUGAACUUGAUACCAGCAUGA